AUGGCUCUCCAAGCUGGGCUAGAAAGUUUGGAUCCCCUGUCUAUUGAGCGCUCUAAGACGGUGGAGCUUGAGGGAGUUCAUUUUCCCAUUGAGCUUGUGGAGAACUGGGGGCUUGUAUGGGACUUCAAAGCCCAGCCUGAUGACCUGCUCAUUUGCACUUAUCCUAAAGCAGGGACAACCUGGACCCAGGAAAUUGUGGACAUGCUCCAGCAUGGAGGAGACCCAAAGAAAUGUGCUCGGGCUCCCAUCUACCAACGAAUUCCCCUUAUAGAGCUGUUCCUUCCAAAACCACUCCCUUCAGGCUUGGAAGUAGCAGAGGCAAUGCCCUCACCUCGCACCCUCAAAUCUCACCUCCAAAUCCAGCUGCUUCCACCUUCCUUCUGGGAACAGAAUUGCAAGAUCAUAUAUGUGGCCAGGAAUGCCAAGGACAAUGCGGUCUCCUAUUUCCACUUUCACAGAAUGAACAAGUUGAUGCCUGAGCCAGGAAACUGGGAUCAGUAUUUAGAGAAUUUCCUUAAUGGAAAGAUUGCCUGGGGCUCUUGGUUUGACCAUGUUCGUGGUUGGUGGGAGGCCAAGGACCGCCACCCAAUUCUAUAUCUAUUUUAUGAAGACAUGAAAGAGGACCCAGCUGGCGAAAUCCAGAAAAUAGCCCAGUUCCUAGAAAUAGAUAUCCAAGAAGCAGUUCUGAACCAGAUUGUGCAGCACACAAAAUUUGAGAACAUGAAAGCAAACCCGAUGGCUAAUUACAGCACAAUGCCUCCCUCCCUCCUGGACCACGCUGUGUCACCCUUCAUGAGAAAAGGGACCGUAGGAGACUGGAAGGAACAUUUCACAGUGGCCCAAAGCGAACAGAUGGAUGACGUCUGUGCCCGGGAACUGGAGGGAAGUGGCCUGUUCUUCCGGACAGAAUUAUAAGCACACCUCUGUUCUAUACAUCAAGAUGUUCAUCAAGCCAUGCCUCAAUUGUUGAUGUUACUUGAAACCACAAGCAAGAGCCAGUCAAACCAAAUUUUGUGUAAGGGCCUUUUAAAAUUGGAUGUAUCUUUGUAUUGGCCUUUUCCUUUGCAAAUGAAUUUCAGUAAAAUUAAGUAACUGUG